AUGAAGACUUCGAUAAAGCAAAGUUUGCUGUUAGUUAAUAUUCAAAAGAAUGUAUCAGCUUUUCUGAGCAGCUUAGCUGGAGCUGCACUAUUGGCUCCAGUAAUCAAUCCUUGGUGGCCUGGAUUUCCAGCAAACUUCACUAAACAAGCAUUUGAUGAGCAGUUACUUAGAGACCAAUGGGCUUAUAGAGUUAUACAUUAUGCCCCAUGGCUUGUGUAUUGGUGGAACACACAACAAUAUUUUCAUGGAUUUAGUGUUAUAAGUGGGGAAUUCAAAUUGUCUCAACAAGAUCUUCAAAUUGAUACAUCACUUGAUGAGAUGCAACUUCAAGAGGCAUAUGUUAUACAACAAGGGGAGUUUGAAUCACUCCAUAGAGACCUAAUUAUUGGUUUUGGUAAAGUCGAAUUCGAUCCCAUGGAUCUAAAGAACUUGUUCCCUAACAACGAAGACUCUGUACAUUUAUGGCAUGGCGUUGAAGAUGGAAUUGUGUCUGUUAAAUUACAACGCUUCAUUGCGCAAAAUCUUCCAUGGAUAAAUUAUCAUGAACUACAAAAUGUUGGACAUAUUUUUCCUUAUGGUGAUCAUAGUGUAAAAGAUGUUAUAUGGAAGUCCCUUUUGGCUGGAAAAAAAUUAACUUUGAGUAAAAUUGUUUAG